AUGCCCAAGUCAAAGAGAGGAAAGGUGUUCAACCUCACCCAGGUGAACAAGAAGACGAGGGAGCAGAAGGAGAAGCUGUUCCAGGACAUCCGCGACACCGUCCCCAAGUACGAGCGCUGCUUCGUGCUGGGCUUCGACAACAUGCGCAACAACCACCUCAAGGACGUGCGACACGAGCUCUCGGACUCCAGGCUCUUCUUCGGCAAGACAAAACUCAUGUCCCGCGCCCUGGGCAACACCCCCGAGGACGCCACUGCGGACGGCAUCCACAAGCUGUCGGCGCACCUGACGGGCAACGUCGCCCUGCUCUUCACGAGCCGCCCCGCGGCCGACAUCACGGCCUACUUUGCCAACUUCUCGCCCGUCGACUUUGCGCGCGCGGGCGCCGUCGCCCCGCGCGACUUUGUCAUCCCCGCCGGCGUCGUCUACGCCACCGGCGGCGCCGUCCCGCCCGAGCACGACGUGCCCCUCGGCCACACCAUCGAGCCCGAGCUGCGCCGGCUCAACGUCCCCACGCGCAUGGUGCGCGGCAAGGUCGUCCUCGGCGAGGAGGGCGGCGAGGGCUACACCGUGUGCAAGGAGGGCCAGGUGCUCGACUCGAGGCAGACGAGGCUGCUGAAGCUUUUUGACCAGUGCCUGAGCGAGUUCAGGGUCAAGAUCCUGGCCUACUGGGAGUCCGAGAGUGGACUUGUCACCGAGGUCGAGGAGGCUGACGAGAAUGCCAUGGACGCUGAUGAUGAUGAGUAG